AUGACGUCAGCGCGGCGCCGUCGCGGCCGUGACGCGCGGACCUGGCCCGGCCGGGCCGGAACAGGGGCAGCAGCGGCGGCGGCGGCGGCAGACCCGGCCCCGGGAUGGCGAUGUUCCGCAGCCUGGUGGCUUCGGCUCAGCAGCGGCAGCCGCCGGGCGGGCCGGCGGGCGGCGACAGCGGCCUGGAGGCGCAGUACAGCUGCCCGAUCUGCCUGGAGGUGUACCACCGGCCUGUGGCCAUCGGCAGCUGCGGCCACACGUUCUGCGGGGAGUGCCUCCAGCCCUGCCUCCAGGUGCCGUCCCCCCUCUGCCCGCUGUGCCGCCUGCCUUUCGACCCCAAGAAGGUAGACAAGGCUGCCCAUGUGGAGAAGCAGCUCUCGUCCUACAAGGCGCCCUGCAGGGGCUGCAACAAGAAGGUGACGCUGGCCAAGAUGAGGGUGCACGUUUCCUCCUGCAUGAAGGUCCAGGAACAAAUGGCCAACUGUCCCAAGUUCGUCCCCGUGGUGCCCACGUCUCAGCCCAUCCCCAGCGCCGCCCCCAACAGGUCCACCUUCACCUGCCCCUACUGUGGCGCCCGCAACCUGGACCAGCAGGAGCUGCUCAAGCAUUGUGUGGACAACCACCGCAGCGACCCCAACCGCGUGGUGUGCCCCAUCUGCUCGGCGAUGCCCUGGGGGGACCCCAGCUACAAGAGUGCCAACUUCCUGCAGCACCUGCUACACCGGCACAAGUUCUCCUACGACACCUUCGUGGAUUAUAGCAUCGACGAGGAAGCUGCCUUCCAGGCUGCCCUGGCCCUGUCUCUGUCCGAGAACUGAAGGCACAGCCCAGCCCCUGGACCUGAGCCCUCCCACCUCC